UCUGAAUCAUCAGGCCGCGCCUCGUAGUUUCAGACGGGUUUACACAGGAUAGAUUUAUCCCAUAUUUACAUUGAAUAUCUUGGUGUUGAUUAGAAUUUUUGAUUUUAAGUUUUUAUUAAAUAUAUUUUAAGAUGGGGUUUGAAACUUGUGGACCUAAUGAGGCAAUGGUUGUUUCUGGAUGUGGACAAGAACGUCCUCUCUUAAUAUCUGGAGGUAGAAAGUUUGUUUGGGCUGGACUACAAAAAGUUCAAAAAAUCAGUCUUAAUGUGAUGACUUUGAAUGUCGAAUCUCCUCGUGUUUAUACACUUCAUGGUGUACCGAUAUCUGUGACUGGUAUUGCUCAGGUUAAAGUACAAGGUUCAAAUGAAGAGAUGUUGCAUGCAGCUUGUCAACAAUUUCUUGGUAAAACUGAAGCUCAAAUUAGCAAAAUAGCUCUUGAAACUUUGGAAGGUCAUCAAAGAGCUAUUAUGGGAACAAUGACUGUUGAAGAAAUUUAUCAAGACAGAAAAAAGUUCUCUUCUUCAGUGUUUGAGGUUGCAACAUCAGAUCUGGUUCAUAUGGGAAUUCAAGUUAUUUCAUAUACUUUAAAAGAUGUCAGAGAUGAAGAGGGAUACUUACUUGCGCUUGGACAAAAAAGAAUUGCUGAAGUACAAACUGAUGCACGCAUUGGUCAAGCACAAGCUAAGAUGCAGUCUGGAAUUCGAGAAGCAGAGGCUGAAGAAAUUCGCGUUAAAGCAGAAUAUGAAAAUCACACAGAAGUUGCACGAUCGCAAAGAGAUUUUCAGUUGAAGAAAGCUUCUUAUGAUAUUGAAAUUAAUGCUAAGAAAGCUAUUGCAGAGUUAUCCUCUGACCUACAGACUGCUAUUACUAAGCAAAAGAUUAAAGAAGCUGAAAUGGAUGUUAAAGUAAUUGAACGUGCCCAGGCUAUUAAUGUUCAGAUUCAAGAAAUACAACGCAAAGAGAAAGAGUUAGAAAGUCAAGUAAAAAUACCAGCUAAUGCUGAAAAGUAUAAAAUUGAAAAGAUAGCAGAGGCUCAUAGGGCAAAAGUUAUACUUGAAGCUGAGGCAGAAGCUGAAUCUAUUCGUAUUCGUGGAGAAGCUGAAGCUUAUGCAAUUGAAGUGAAAGCUCGAGCUGAGGCAGAGCAAAUGUCAAAAAAAGCUGCUGCCUGGAAAGAGUAUCAAGAUGCAGCUAUGGUUGACAUGUUGUUAGAAACUUUGCCUAAAGUUGCUGCUGAAAUUGCUCAUCCGUUAUCAAAGGUGAAGAAAAUGACAAUGAUUUCUAGUGGUAGCAAGGAUAUUGGUGCUUCAAAAAUAACAGGAGAACUACUUGAUAUAGUAAUCAGAAUGCCACAAGCUAUGGAACAACUUACUGGUGUUGAUAUAACUAAGAUUUUCCGAAAAAGCUAAAUUUGAUGUAAUCUAUUAAUUAGUAUAAGGUUACUCGAAAGAUAAUAAGUUAUAUUGAGACAACACCUUUAUGUUAUUUGUUUCUUUGUAUAUACUAGUUACUGUAAUGAACUAUUCAAAGUAAUAUUUUAAACAAAGCACAUUCUUCUUUGCUUUAAGUUAGGGGUACUCACACUAUUUCCAUUAGGCCAGAUUAAACCUCUUUUUCAAAUGUGCGACCUUUUAUCCCGUUUGUGUAAACCAGGUCUGGAUUAAGAAUCUUAAACAAAAUUUGCUUGAUACUUUGUUGAAAUGUUUUAUUAACACAAAAAUGUCGUAAAUAUCAAAUCACCCUAAAAGACAGACGCAUUAAAAUAUAUACAUUGGCAACAUUUGGUAGGUGCAUAUUUCUAUUUGUGACGUAGGCGCUUGAAAUCGGUUCUUGUUCUUUGCUUCUGGUCUCUACGUCAUAUAUACACACCAAAAAAAAAUUUUUUAUUUAUUAGAGCUGAUUUGACAAUUGAAAUCUGUUUUUGUCUUUAACGAAGAAUUAUUAAAUGUCCAAUUCAUUUUUACAAAAAGUGUAAUCACGCAUGCUUCUACUUCAUUUAUACAAAAAGUGUGUCCACGCCUACUUACAUUUUACGCCUACUUUCAUUUAUAAAAAAAGUGUGAGCACACCUGCUUAAAGUUAAUUU